UUAAACUUUAGGGAGGCAUUUCAAAUACAUAGCACAAAGCAGUUAUCGUGUUUGGACUAGUUACAAUGAUUAUUGUGUUAAUAAUUUUGCAGCUUUUCCUUCAAGAUGUAUGCGGCCUGUGCCCUGCCGGCUGGAUGGAACGUCCCGGCAGUAACUCUUGUUAUCGGUUCUGGUCAUCGAGAAAGAUGGACUGGACAACGGCUAGAAAGGCUUGUCAGACUCUGUCAGGUGACCUGCUGAAACUCGAAUCUAUUGAAGAAAUGACCUGGGUAAUAUCUGAGGUUGUGAAGUACCCGCCGAGCUAUGAAUGGUGGAUAGGCCUUAAAAGAAGUCCUGACAACGAGACGAGGUGGCUAUGGACGGAUGGGUCCAUGAGAAACGAGUCGAACAAAUUCAUCCUGUGGGGCAGUGGGGAGCCCAACAACUAUCUAGACUCGGAAGACUGCGGGGAAAUCUGGGACAAUCUCCUCAACGACAAGGACUGUAACAUACCACUUCAGUCCAUCUGUGAAAGACCGCAAAAUGUCCCGCAUUAUUGCGAUGUGGACAAUGGCUGGACAGACCUGGUUGCUGAAGGGAAAGACAUCGCUUGUUUUAAGGCCAUGCCAACACAAGCGACAUAUGCCGAUGCCCAAUGGGCGUGUAUGCAAGAGGAAGGUACCCUUGCCGCCAUGGUGACUGAAUCAGAACAACAGGCGCUAACUGUUUACCUUGAAGCGCAGGACGACGGGACUGAUUAUUGGCUGCCGUAUACGCUGAACACGAAAUCUAGACGUUGGGUGUCACCUACAUCGAACAGUGAACCGGCACAGUACUGGUGGAUGGAAUUAGCCUCGGAUGUAGAAACACUGGUAGCCAACAAAACAUUGUGUGCGGUGCUGGAUACAAACACUACUGAUUUCAACAACUGGCGCCCAGCAUCAUGUGACGACUUGUACAAACCCGUAUGUAGGAAGAAACUAGGCAUUUGUCCACUAGGGUACACGAGGUACAACGACUUCUGCUUCCGGUUUGAAAUCGAACGGAAAACGCCUUGGCGGGAAGCAAGGAGUUUCUGCAACAUCCGUAAUACGAAGCUGCUUCGUAUUCAGUCGAAUGAUGUACAAAGGUUUAUUGAGAGGAGCAUUCAAUACGACAGCGCCGUCUGGCUUGGGUUUAGUGGUACGAGCAAGGACUCUUGGAGGUGGUUUGAUGAAGGCGAUGACUCCACAUUAGCCUUCGGAGCCUUCGAAACCAACAUAACUGCCUCUCUCGCUAGUAACAUCGAAAUGUGCGGCGUUCUAACAGGUUCUGGGCUGUGGGGAGUUCAAGAUUGUGGGAGUUCUAAUGCGGGCACUGUUUGUAUUGGUCACGUUGUUAAUCGACCCCUUGGUUCCCCUUGCCCAAUCGAAGAAAAGAAUUGCAUUGAAGGUCCUUCACCUGAGCCGCCGAAUAACUUUGCACCGACUUUCGAAUGUUCAACAUCCAAAUCUUACGCACUGAGCCAGCAGAAUGGACUUUGUUACCGACAAAUCCCGAUGCUUGUUGACUGGCAUAGGGCGCGGACGGUUUGUGCACACGACAAUGCUAUUCUUGUGGAGCCUGUUACAAAUGAAACGUUGACCAUGUUGGCAUCCACAUACGGAACAACGAGCGACAAGGAAUCUGAAAGAUGGAUUUGGACUGGUCUAAAUGACAGAGAGAAAGAAGGCCAAUACCUUUGGCAAAGAGGAACUAGUCUGGUAACCAAAGGCAACUGGAUUCAAGGUUCGCCUAAUAACUUUGAAGUCGGUGCUGUUUAUUCUGAAAACUGUGUUGUUAUGGCAACGGCAACGAGUAAAACUUAUCUCUCUAGCGAAAGUGGCUCCAUAAUGACAAAGUGGGAUGACAUUCCCUGUGGCUUUAAAAGACGAGCAGUUUGUCAAAAAAUACCAGAGUACAAUAUAGCUCUUGGGAAGCUGACUACAGUGUCCUCUGGAGAACAGGGUUACAAGUUUAUAGACGAUUGUGCUGACAGAAAUAUGGAUAAUGGCUGUUGUGGAUUAAUACCUGGUCCUUACCCAUGGUGGCAACUGGAUCUUGGCAUUCCGUUUUCCAUCGGUUCUAUUGUUAUACAUAGACGUUUUAAAGAAUCAUGUGACGUAUGUCCGACGGAAAUGAGGGAUUUCCGGCUAUUUAUUAGUAACGUCACAGGAGCAAAGAACGUCACUGACCUGAUUUACACAGAGACAUCAGACCGACCACAAGCGAUUAUAACAGUGCAUUUUGAUACACCGAUUACUGGCAGGUUUGUGCGCAUUGAUAUUCCGGAAGAAGACGUUCAUAUGGCCCUUUGCGAGGUUCAAGUAUUUGAAUACAAUGGAAUGAUCGGCCGAAAGCUCACUCCAGAAAACUCAAACUGUAUCACUGACUCGACGAAAUGGCAAGGACUUGUUAACCACACUGAAACAGGCCUCGAAUGCCAGAGAUGGGACGUUGACAUACCGCAUGAUCACAAUUACCAUCAUGACACAUUUGCUGGUGGUCAAAACCAACACGAGGCUGGAAAUUACUGUCGCGAUACAAGAGGAGAGGGCCAACCUUGGUGCUACACCACUAACCCGAACGUUCGGUGGCAGUACUGUGGAAUACCGCACUGUACCUCAAUCACGAACCAAGGCCACAAGGAUAAAUCUGCCACAAAGUCUUCGAUCUGUAACUAUGGUUGGGAAGAGGACCCUAACACAGGAGCCUGUCAUAGAUUCGGAUUGGAACAGUUAACACUUGCCGACGCUGUAAAUGUUUGUCAAAACGAAGGAGCAAGUGUCUUCGUACCAACUAUGGAAAGUGGAAUAGGUGUUUUCAACGAAAGUGAAAUACAAUGGCUCGGAAUCAUAUACGACAUGAACACCACACAGUGGAAGCAAUUAUCUGGUCUUGAUGUACCGAUGUUUAUUCUGGAUGCCUUAGCAUCUUCUACUGCCGAGAACAUGACGGGACCCUCUUGUGCCGUCAUCAGCGUGAACACAAAAACGAUGUAUAGUGCCGACUGCUUUGAAAGGCACAAUUUCACCUGCAAAACAGCAGAAAAGUUUUUGGUUGUGAAACAUGAUAGCGGCGGAGGAGAAUAUGUGGCCGCACCGUUUCAGUCCAUAGACCACAAUGCCUAUAAAUUUGAAUUCCGCGGUGAAUCAGCAGCGCAACUGAGGUUCACAGACCAAAACGACACUGUUCACUACGAGAUUAAACUCGGCGGAAAAUAUUCCACACAAUGUACAAUUAAAGAUGUCGGGGCAAAUGUAUUCCUGUACAAAACACAGCUCGAUGGUGUAACCAGUGUGACAGACUUUAAAGGCUUUUGGGUUAGUUGGGAUAAUUCUGAAGUCAAGGUCGGCAGAGGUGAAUUAAUUGGACGAAACCAGUUUAUGUCAACGGUGAUACAGGCACUGGAUGGAGCAACUUUAGAGUUGUGGUCUUCUGCGCAAACGCAAUGGAAAAUAUAUAUAAAAGACAAAAACGAUAAGGAAAAGGUAAAACAGAAAACAGAUGUAAACCUAGCUUUGAACAAACCUACUCGGACGUCUAGCCUUGGUAACAAGUACGGCCCGAAGGAAAAUGGAGUUGAUGGAUGUACAGACGGAAAUUACAUCAGCGUCCAUUGUUGUACACAUACCAAGAAUGAUCUCGGUGCCUGGUGGGAGGUUGAUCUGGAGCAAACUUAUCCAAUAAAGGAGAUCGUCGUGUAUAACAGACAAGAUUGUUGCAGCAAUCGACUAAGCGGCUUUGUUGUCUACAUAAGCGGCGUCAGUGAUAGCACUAUGGACAAUGAAAUCGUGUAUAGAAACGCGAUGUCAGACGUUCCAUAUAUAACUCGAAUUCCUGUCAGUGGAAAAAGGGGCAGAUAUGUGAAGAUAAGUCUUAAAGACAGGAGCGACUAUUUAACCCUGUGCGAAGUUGAAGUUAUGCUUGAUCAGGAUGCAUCUAGUUGCAACCUUGUUUGGCACGACUUCCCACAAACCGGAAAUUGUUACCGGAUAAUCGACCAACCAAUGAGCAGCCAACAAGGCGCUGAAGUAUGUUCGCAGUUAGAGGCCAGCAUGGCGUUGCCUUCGUCACCAGAGGAAGAACUUUUUUUAUACAGUUUAUUGCCGAAACCUUAUAAUACGUCAAUAUGGCUUCCGGUGAUGAGAUUCGGUAACACGAUGAAAGUUAUGGGGGACGAGUCCAACCUAAGAUAUAACAGAUUUAAAAAUGUCGGAUCGUCUGUUUAUGGUGCCACACUAUGUGCCGGAAGUAAACAAUCUACGGGAGGUAGCUGGGACUGGUUCCUUUGUUCGGAAGAGAAGACAGUUAUCUGUAAAUUAAAAGAAUUGGCACCAACUACAGCAGUGACAUACUCGACAACUACAGUAACGACUGUUGCCUCGACCUCGAUGAAGAUUACCGCGGUCGACCAUUGUCAGAGCGACUGGAGAAAAGAAGCAACGUUUGGGAAGUGCUACCUUGUCGUUCAGACUGAAAUGGCAUUUAAAGCAGCUGCCAGCUUUUGCAAUGCACAUGACGCCACUUUAGUGAGUUUCUCUAACUUGGCGGAACAAGAAUUUGUUGCAGAUUAUGUCAGAUUAAAGAUGCAAAAUGACAACCACCAGGGUGGAUAUGGUUACUAUUAUUCGUACGAAGACUAUGCAAUACCAGAGUACUAUUCCGCUUGGAUAGGUGGAAUAGACGAAGUAGUGGAAGGGGAGUGGUCUUGGUAUGGGUCAGAAGAUGUUCCUUGGUCAGAUGAUCUUCUAUGGGACAGUGGUCAACCUGAUAAUUGGCCCAAUCACGGAGGGGAGGACUGUGCAACAUUGAGAAUAAGGAUGGGUCUUCUAAACGACGUUCAUUGUACCUACGAGCCGGAGGCAUUCGUCUGUGAACAGAAACUAAAUACAGCUACUACAGGCACUGUCCCAUCCUCGGCAACAGUUACAGCUUUACCGCCGUCAACAGUUUCUCCAGCCCCAGUUCCUUUUCCAACACCAGCAAUUCUAGAUAAAUGCGCCAAUGGAUGGGUAUACAGCGGAAAAUAUCAAAGUUGUUACGAAAUAUUUCUCCGAGAAGCAAUUACAUUCUUCGAUGCAGUUAAAAAUUGCAAGGAACAAAAUGCAAAGCUGACAAACAUUGUCGACCACGAUGAACAAGUAUUUCUACAAGGACUGAUAUCUCGCAAAACAAUUAGCGGACGCGAUUGGGAUGCGUUAUGGGUAGCCGGAACAGACAUAGGUCGACAGGAGGGAUCAUACAUUUGGUAUGAAUGGAGUAACAGUCCGUGGUCCUAUACCCUUUUGUGGAAACCAGGCCAGCCAGAUGGGAGAAAUGAGGAUUGUGCUUCCAUCCUCAUUGACAGCCAAUCCCGUGAUUUUGGAAAAUUAAAUGAUGCCCAGUGUGUGAUUGAUUCUUCACAUACAUAUAUUAAAGGAUAUAUAUGUAAACAAGUCUUAAACAUAUCACCUGGGUCAACGAAUCCUUCAACGUCGCUUUCAACAGGUUUCACAACGACUGAUCAAGCAGGAGGAGAGCAUUACUGCGAACCUGGCUGGGAGCAUGAUGAGGGAAGAAACAACUGCCUUAUGGUGAGUGCAUACGCCGCAACCUACCCUGCCGCUGCGGGUACGUGUGAAGAAGCUGGAGGGACCCUUGCCAGCAUUACAUCACCACUGGAGUUGAUGUAUACUAUGGGGUUUUUGAAAAAGUACGGCGAUGCGUUUAGCCGCUUAUGGAUUGGACUAAAUCGUAAAAGUGGACAUUGGAUGUGGGAUGAUCAGUCUCCGUUAUCGUACAUACCGUGGGCUGCAGACGAACCAGUGAUUGAUGACAUCAGCGUUGCUGUCUACAUGGUCGUUGGAGCAAGUACUGACUAUGGGAAAUGGGCAACAUCUAUCGAAGACCAAUCCUACCAUUUUCUUUGCAAGAAACGAGGUAUGCAUGCUUCGACCACUCCUCCAGCCGUGAUCACAGUGGGACCCGGUUACGGCUGCGAAGGAAGAGGGUGGCAAGAAUAUGGCAACUCCUGCUAUAUGUUUUUCCAAGAAAGGAACGAAUGGCCUGACGCUAUGCGUAAAUGCAGAGAGCUAGGUCAGUCGUCAGACCUUGCCAGCUUUAAAGAUCAAGCUGAACAAGAGUUCAUUUGGAGUCAGCUUCACAAAGAAUCUUACUGUACUAAUAUCCAUUUAAAUACAACCCAGUGUGAGAUUUGGGCGAGAGCCGGUGAGUGCGAUUACAACCCGAUAUGGAUGCGCACUAACUGCCAUAAAUCAUGUGAAAUGUGCUCACGCAAGUGUAGAGACGAAUAUCUCGACGGCAGCAUGUGUUUACAGUGGGCAAAAGAUGGGGAGUGUGAGAUCAAUCCUGUUUGGAUGGCUAAAUCAUGUGCCCAAUCAUGCGGAAUAUGCGCUGGAGCCCCCACUCGCGGUUACUGGUUAGGAUUGUACUCUCCGAAAGGAACAACGUUGUACACAUGGUCGGAUCACACAAGCGUCAGUUUUACACCGUGGGGCGAGGGGGAACCCAGGGCAACAAAGACGCAAACCAGAAGCUGCGUCGGAAUGUUUAUUUUGACUGGAAAGAUCAACAGCGGCCCUUGUGAUGAUAUUCUCGACGGCUACAUUUGCCAACAACCAAAACGACUCAUUUCGGCUUCAACUUCUGCGCCAGAUGGCUGUGAGGAUACACGCCUCGCCUACGAAGGAUAUUGUUACCAUCAUGUGAAAACUCAACUGUCUUGGGUAAAUGCGUCUAAUUAUUGCCAUUCUACCUUUAAUGGAAAUCUCGCAGUUAUCAAAAAUAGGUUUCAGCAGGCGUAUUUAGCUAGCGAAGUUGCAAAUAUGCUAGAUGAUGUGUGGAUCGGCUUGAAGUUUUAUUAUGAUUUCCCUUCAAAAUUUAUUUGGACUGAUGGAACAACGGACAUACCACAUAACAAUCUGCAGACAAAAGAUUAUGGACAACUGAGAGACGGCACGUGUUUUGCACUACAACAGAUAAAGCCUGUCGGUCUAUGGAAGAACUACAGAUGUAACGCAACAUUAUCGUUUCUAUGCCAAAGUAGAAGAGUUGGAUGGAGUACUACCCCACCACCUAUUGUGUCCACAGCGCCACUCAAAUGUGCAGACACCUGGAUAAAAUCAAAUGGAAUGUGUUAUAAGCUAGUUUCCAGGGAAGAAGGGCGGCAAACCUGGAUACAAGCGAAUGCUAUAUGCCUACAUUAUGGCGGUAGUUUGGUUACUAUUUUGUUAGACGAGAUACAGCAGCUGGUUUCAACGAUGACAUCCGACCCUGUAUUAAUAGGCUUACAUGAUCAAUAUACCGAGAAUAGGUUUCAGUGGGUCAGCGGUGAACAGUACAAUCCAAAUAUAUAUAGCAGAUGGUCACCAGGGGAACCAAACAACUAUGGUCACAACGAAGAUUGUGUUAUGAACUCAUAUGGUCGCUGGAAUGACAUCUCAUGCUACACCUCCUUAGAUUUUGUUUGUGAAGUCCCAAUAGGAAAGCCAGUAAAUGAAAGGUAUAAGCACAUUGGGACUAACAAUUGUUCCAUUUCUUCCCCUCCGGCGUCGGGUUUCGCCUGGUACAAGCAAAUUGAUGACUGCUAUUAUUAUGAGAAUAGGAGCGCGUAUAAGAAGUCUUGGAGUGAGGCCUUACACUUUUGUAGGUCUUUAAAUGCGGAUUUAGUUAGCAUACUAUCAGAGACCGAAAACAACUUUUUGACAUCAGAGGUGUCUAAAAGAAGCCGUUUCGAGGACAUAUGGAUUGGAAUAAAGAAAGUGGAUGGGCAAGAAAUAAGAUGGUCUGAUGGUUCAGCUGUUCAGUUUUGGACCAAACGUCCAGGACAAGAGUCUGGUGACUGCCUUCGUUUUGACUCUCAUGGAUUGUGGAGGUACAUCUCAUGUGACAGUAAGCUAUCCUUUGUUUGCAAGAGGACGGAGCAAGAUCCCACAACAACCUCAAACACGUCUUCAACCGUAACCACAACUAGAACUGUAGGUGGCUGCCCAACAUACUUCAAGGAGUUUGAAAACAGAUGCUACUUUGUUAAUGAUCCCACCAAGCUAGUAUCAAAGGCAAGCGCUGAAAAACUCUGUCAGCAUUCUGGCGGGGGACUUGUGACAAUAAACAACGAGUUACAGCAAGUGUUUUUGGUGUCAAUGCUCAAAGGCCAAAUUCGAGGCCUCUGGACAGCAUUGUCUUUCGAACAUGACACCGGAUCCUUCCACUGGCCAAACAAAAUCAUAACAUAUGAGAACUGGGCCCCAAAUGAGCCUUCGGGAGGAUAUGAUAACCUGGAAGACUGUGUUGAAAUGCUGGUUGACACCGACCACCCCGGGCAGUGGAACGAUGUUAGCUGUCUGAAGAACAGGGGCUAUAUGUGCGUCGUCAACAAAGACCCUAGCUUGCCAACGCCAUCGAUAGCUGAGGAAAAUUGCCCGUACUACUACAAACCUUACAAUGACAAAUGCUACAUUUACAUAAGUGAACCAAAGAGUACAUGGGUGAAUAGCAGGAAUAUCUGCGAGAGGAUGAGCGGUAAAAUCGCUAAGCUGCAUCAAACGGAAAUAUUCACUAGGUCGUUCAUAACAGCAUCUCUUAUUGGUUCACUCGACACAAAAGCGUGGGUUACUGGCAACGGGAUGCACCCCGGUACCUGCGCUUCUUUACAUCAGAAUAUUUUGAACGACGUAGACACAAACUGUGACGAACAGCUUGGUGUUGUAUGUGAAGCCGAUCCGCUAUCGGCAAUCUCCACGAUUACGAUACCAUCAACAACUGUACAGUACGGUUGCCGAAACUCCUCUUGGCUUCACUAUAACGGCUUUUGCUACGCUUUGGUAAAAAGGAACGGCGAUCAACAUCUAGCUGACUGCGCACUCAUUAAGAUGGAACUGGCCAUUAUUGAGAAUGAGGAAGAGAACCAUAGGAUUUGGGCGUGGUUGCAAAAAUACAAAAAUGAGGCCAAUGAAAUUUUAAUAGGAUUACUUGCUACAUUUGGUCGCUUAAUGUACAGUGAUGGAAGGAAAGCAACCUACACAGAACCUGUCUUGAACCCGUACGCCAGUGGCAUUGCAUGUAUUUCUAUGCAGAUGCCGUACAGGUGGAAAAUUACACUGGAAAUGACUACAGUGAAACAUAUGUUAUGCAAAAGUGACGAAGAGGUUGUUACGUGGACUGAUACAACAACGGCAACGAGAACUUCUGCAACUUUAACUACAGCAGUAACAGGAGAACAAACGCAGACAAAACCGUCGUUUAAUCCGUCACCCGGGAGUCACCAUGCAGACGAAUCAUCAAAUGCAGUACGCCUUGACAAAGCAUCUGGACUGACACCAGGGCAAAUCAUCGGUGUCGUCAUUGGCGUUAUUGCAGGGGUUAUCGCCCUUUGCGUAUGUGUGUAUAUUGUAAGAAACGUCAUUGUGACAUCAGAAAUGUAUCAAACGAAGCUAGUACGGGACACGUCUAUAGGAUUUGACAACGCGUUGUUUCAUAAGGACAGAGAAGACAGUGUUAGUCUUCAGUGACAUUGAUAGUCUUAAGUGAAGCUUAGUUGAAUUUACUAUAUAGUCUUGGUUCAUUGAUAUUCAUUUGCUCUUGCUUCUUUCAAACGUUCAAAGCUGUGUAUGUUGCGUGAAUAAUUGCACAAUUUUAACAUGUGCUACUUAAGAUGUUUAGUAGAAAUUUAAAAACAACAACACUGAAUUUCAUUUACAAAACAAGUAUGUACAUGAUUAUGUUUCCAUACAAAAGAUAAUAAAACAUGUGUUUUCUAUCUAUUCAUAUUUCGUCAUGUGCGUUACGUUGAUUUCUCAGAUUUAACCAAUAAAGUAUUUAUAUGUA